UUGGAACUAGGCUGCCCUGCAUGUGACGUGAAUCUGUUCCGACCUCGGGACCCUCGAAUAUUAAGAGCCAACAGUCCGGCUUCAGCUUUACCACGGUCUGGAAACAAAAACACGCCAAACUCAACCCAACAAGUGUGUUCGUCAAUACUCGCCUCUGCACAGUCUAUACUGCCAAUUCUGAUAAACCUUUCAUGUCUAGGCACCAUGUAUCAUUGCCAGUCCUCCCGAACUCAAACCACUCCAACACCCGGUCCACCAGCUCCAGGUGCUAGGCAAGCCCCUCAAUUGUUCGCGCCUGUGGAUGUAGACUAUAUGAAACCCUCCGAUCCAAGCGCCGCUUCCCUUAGCAACCUCCCAACAGAAAUCCGUCUUGAAAUCUUCAACCAUGUCCUCGACCUCAGCUGCAUCCCGCUAACCUAUGGCUACACGAGCCCCUUCACCGGCCAGCGUAAACCCACCCUCCACAAACACGCCCUCCUUCUUGUCUCCAAACAAAUCUCAUCUGAAUACCGGCAAGCCUUCUAUGAACGCACGCGCUUCUUCCUACGCAUCUACGCCAGCAAUGCUUUCCAGGCGUUACCCAUGUUGCUCCACUUCACACGCACGCAAUCCAACACACCACGAGCGUCCGCACCCUUCCCGAACUUCUGGAAUGCUCCAGACGCGCUGCUCGCGAAUCUCAGGCACUGUACGUUGUACAUUGAGAUCGGCGAGAUCGCCAGUGCACCCCAAUCUAGCCAUUCCGUGAGCCAGAUUGCGCGGAGUUCGAUUGAUCUAAACGAAGCCCACCAAAUGGUUCAUGAAAUGAAGAAAUAUUCCUCACUCAAUGCGCUGAAGAAGAAUGAUUCGUGCUUCGAUAAUACGCUGAAGUGUGGGAUUCAUAAAUUGCUGGGUCAUAUGACGCAGUUGAGGAGUAUGCAUUUGGUCUGGGAAACGACGAGGCAGGGCUCUAGGAAGUUUAGUAAUAUGACGGAUGCGAAUUGGACGUGGGCGACGCUGGGGAAGCCGUUUGUGGAGGCGCUAAUGAUGAAGAGGGGGUUAAAACGAUUGCAGGUUGUGGUGGGUGAUCGGUAUAACGAUGUCAAUGAGAAGCAUCACAAGGGUGUGGGUGGAAGGUGGGAGACGGAAAAUCGAGUAUGGCUUCGGGGGCAACCUGGGCGCCAGAGUAUGCAUCAUGUACAGUUCGGCUGAAUGUAUUUAUUGUGGGAUUCGGAGUCAUGCAGGUUCGCGUCAUCUGGG